CUUUUCCUCCGGAGGGCAUCCCUUCGAAACUUUUCCCCAUGACAAGGAGGGCAUCCCUCCGGAUCAGCAAAGGUUGAUCUUCGCAGGCAAACAGCUCGAGGACGGCCGCACCUUGGCCGAUUACAACAUUCAGAAGGAAUCUACCCUCCACCUUGUUCUCCGCCUCCGCGGUGGCAUGCAAAUUUUCGUCAAGACUCUCACCGGCAAGACGAUCACCCUCGAGGUGGAGAGCUCGGACACCAUCGACAAUGUUAAGGCCAAAAUCCAGGACAAGGAGGGCAUCCCCCCGGACCAACAAAGGCUCAUCUUCGCCAGCAAGCAACUUGAGGACGGCCGCACCUUAGCAGACUACAACAUUCAAAAGGAGUCGACCCUCCACCUGGUUCUCCGCCUUCGUGGUGGCCAAAUGCGAAUCUUCGUCGAGCUUCCCUCUUCCAGGUCCAGCAUAAUUGCACUGCAGGUUAAGAGCUCGAACACCAUCGACAAUGUCAAGGCCAAGAUCCAGGAUAAGGAGGGCAUCCCUCCGGACCAGCAAAGGUUGAUCUUCACAGGCAAAGAGCUCGUGGACGGCCGCACCUUGGCCGAUUACAACAUUCAAAAGGAAUCGACCCUCCGCCUUGUCCUCCGCAGUACCAUGAAAAUUUUCGUCAAGAUUAUCACCGGCAAGACGACCACUCUCGAGGUGGAGAGCUCGGACACCAUCGAAGAUGUCAAGUUCAAAAUCCAGGACAAGGAGGGAAUUCCCCCGGACUACCAAAAGCUGAUCUUCGAAGGCAAGCAACUUGAGGAAGGCCGCAUCUUGGAGGACUACAACAUUCAAAACGAAUCGACCCUCCACCUGGUUUUCCGCCUUCGUGGAGGAAUGCGAAUCUUCAUCGAGCUUGCCUCCACUUCCAGGUUCAGCAUAAUUGCGCUGAAGGUUAAGAGCUCAGACACCAUCGACAACGUCAAGGCCAAAAUCCAGGACAAGGAGGGCAUCCCCCCGGACCAGCAAAGGCUCGUCUUCGCCGGCAAGCAACUUGAGGACCACCGCACCUUGGCAGACUACUACAUUCAAAAGGGAUCGACCCUCCACCUUGUCCUCCGCGUUGGCAUGCAAAUUUUCGUCAAGACUGUCCGCGGCAAGACGAUCACCCUCGUGAUGGAGAGCUCGGACACCAUCGACAAUGUCAAGGCCAAAAUCCAGGAUAAGGAGGGCAUCCCCCCGGACCAGCAAAGGCUCAUCUUCUUCGACAAGCAACUUGAGGACGACCGCACCUUGGCGGACUACUGCAUUCAAAAGGGAUCGACCCUCCACCUUGCCCUCCGUGGUGGCAUGCAAAUUUUCGUCAAGACCCCCGGCAAGACGAUCACCCUCGAGGUGGAGAGCUCAGAUACCAUCGACAAUGUCAAGGCCAAAAUCCAGGACAAGGAGGGCUUCCCCCCGGACAAGCAAAGGCUCAACUACGCUGGCAAGCAACUUCAGGAUGGCUGCACCUUGGCCGAUUACAACAUUCAGAAGGAAUCUACCCUCCACCUUGCCCUCAGCCUCAGCUUCCUCUGUAGCAUGCAAAUUUUCGUCAAGACUGUCCGCGGCAAGACGAUCACCCUCGAGGUGAAGUGGUCGGACACCAUUGACAAUGUCAAGGCCAAAAUCCAGGAUAAGGAGGGUAUACCCCCGGACCAGCAAAGGCUCAUCUUCUUCGACAAGCAACUUGAGGACGACCGCACCUUGGCGGACUACUGCAUUCAAAAGGGAUCAACCCUCCACCUUGCCCUCCGUGUUGGCAUGCAAAUUUUCGUCAAGACCCCCGGCAAGACGAUCACCCUCGAGGUGGAGAGCUCGGAUACCAUCGACAAUGUCAAGGCCAAAAUCCAGGACAAGGAGGGCUUCCCCCCGGACAAGCAAAGGCUCAACUACGCUGGCAAGCAACUUCAGGAUGGCUGCACCUUGGCCGAUUACAACAUUCAGAAGGAAUCUACCCUCCACCUUGUCCUCCACGGUGGCAUGCAUAUUUUCAUCAAGACAAUCCACUACAAGACGAUUACCCUCGAGGUGGAGAGGUCGGACACCAUUGACGAUGUCAAGGCCAAAAUCCAGGACAAGGAGGGCUUCCCCCUAAACCGGCGAAUUCUCGUCUUAUCCGGCAAACAACUGCAGGGCGGCCGCACCUUGGCGGACUACCGCAUUCAUAAUGGUUCGAUCCUCCACCUGGUUAUCCGCCCGUAAUCUCUGUUUUGGGCGAUAUGGUUGGUCGAUGUCUCUGUUCUUGUGCUAUUGCCUUGUGGUUUCAACCCUGCUGUAGUCAUCGGAUGGUUUGUGUUUGUGAAGUCUAUUUGAACAAAACAGAACAGUAUGUUAUAAUUCUGAUAAAUUUCCUUA